AUGUAUCCUCCAGUAAAUGACCAGCCAAGAUAUCCAGUAGAUGUUCAUCAAGGCCCAAUCCUUGUUUCAGGAGCUCCUACUCCCAAUCCUAUAUACACUUAUGCUCCACAUAUGGCCGUGGGCCACGCUCCUGGUGUGGCAAGGAAGUGGUCUACUGGUCUCUGCCAUUGCUGUGAUGAUCCUGCAAAUUGUUUCAUCACUUGCCUUUGUCCUUGCAUCACAUUUGGACAGAUUGCUGAAAUUGUGAAUAGGGGAUCUACAACUUGUUUUAUGAGUGGAUCAGUAUAUGCGCUAUUGUUGGGUUUUGCAUGCUUGUACUCCUGUUGCUAUCGCUCAAAAUUGAGGGGCCAAUAUGACUUGGAGGAGGCCCCUUGUAUGGAUUGCCUGGCGCACUUCUGCUGUGAGACUUGCGCGUUGAGUCAAGAAUAUAGAGAGCUCAAGAGUCGUGGAUUUGAUAUGGGGAUAGGCUGGGAAGCCAAUAUGGUUAGAUUUCAACAGCGUGGAAUCACAAUGGCUCCAAUUGCGACCCCAGGCAUGACAAGAUGACAGAGACCCUUCAGUUCAGUUCUGUUUUUUUUUUUUCCUCCCACGGCAACAACUGAUGCCAAUGCUGCUGCCUAUCUUCUUCUGCUAUCGCGCUUGUUCUUGCAACAUUUAUGUCUUGUAUAUCGGUUUGCUUAUUUGGGCUCUAGAGUGUUUACUUGCAUAUAUCAAUUUUCACAUUGGCUACAAGAAUUGUGAAAGUUUUGAGUCAUUAUAAUAUCCAGGAAAGGAAAAUCUCCCAUGAUAAAACUGGUGAUUGGUCUUC